GGGAAGAACGAUUAUAAGAGGAAAUAGUACGAAACCGUACUUGACGUUAUUUGCAUCGCGCUAUAGGCUAUAGUUAAGCGGGUAAAGUAAGAGGACCGACGGCAAUUCGUGGGGUACACAUGACCUCCAGGAAAUCCUUGUAUAGAGAAACGAACAUCGUUGCAUUGAUCCAGUCUUUCUUAAAACAUCGUCGAUUUUACACACACCGCACACAACACCGGUUUGUUCGUGAACACGAAAAUCACGCACGAAUAUCGAACCGAAAAGUACAAAAUCGAAAGUAAUAGUAAAAAAUCAAUAAUAAAAAUCCGUUUUAUUUAUAUAUUUUCUAUGAUCAAUCUUACUUUUCGUUCCCGGCUUUCUCGGUGAAAAAUAUCGAAAUAAUAUCAUGUCGAUUCGUGUGAAUCUUUUUUGCAACAAGAGAAUGAAAAAAGAGGAGGAUUCGUAAAAGUUCGUAAGAUCUUUUUGGAAUAGAGAAAUUUUCGAUCGACACUUCUCAAGGAAUUUUAGUAUUGAAAAUGAUGCGUCGGAAGAUGAAUUUGUAUUUGUUAGAAUUCUUUUUGCUGCUUCACAGUUGUCUGUCAGAAACCGUUAUAACCGUGCACAAUGACUUUGAAAUUGGAAGUAUCGAUCCAGAGACAGCUGAUGAAUUGGACUGGACGAAACAUCCUUGUAGACGUAAUUGCGUAGACGAAGCACCGCCUAUGCAAUGCCAUUAUAUAUUUAGGUUAGAGGCUUAUCACACAAUGAGCAAAGCGUGUUACGAUUGUCCGUUCAACGUUACGGAUUGUUUUCGUAAACAUUGCAUUCCAGCAGAUGGUAUCGAACGAUCGAUUUUAGUUGUUAACCGUCAAAUGCCUGGACCAGCUAUUGAGGUGUGUCAAGGUGACAGGAUAACGGUCGAUGUAAUAAAUUUAUUGCACUCUGAGAGCACGACGAUGCAUUGGCAUGGCCAACAUCAUGUUAAAACUCCUUACAUGGACGGCGUUCCUUACGUAUCCCAAUGCCCAAUUUUGCCAGGUUCGACUUUCCGUUAUGAUUUCAUUGCCACGGAGGCGGGCACGCAUUUCUGGCAUUCUCAUUCAGGCUUUCAACGGGGCGAUGGAGUGUUCGGUCCGUUAAUCGUACGCACACCUCCAAAAGCGAAUUGGCACAAAGAUUUGUACGACAUAGACGAACACAUUAUCCAGAUCUCGGAUUGGACCCAUGAAUUAGGAAUCGAUAAAUUCUUGAAUCAUCAUUACGCAGGCGGAGAUAACAAACCGCCUAAUAUAUUGAUUAACGGUUUAGGCCGUUUCACGAUUAAUCGAAACGGAAACAAUAUAUCCGCUAUAAUGCCGACCGCGAUCUUUACGGUUAAACAGAAUACCAGAUAUAGAUUUAGACUCGUUAACGCUGAAUUUCUCAAUUGCCCGAUAGAAAUAUCGAUCGAUAAUCAUACUAUGCGUGUAAUUAGCUCGGACGGACGCGAUAUCGAAGCUGUGGAAGCGGAAUCAUUGGUAAGUUACGCUGGCGAAAGAUUCGAUUUCGUUGUUGAGACGAGUCAAAAUAUAGAUAACUUUUGGAUACGAUUCCGCGGAUUAAUGGAUUGCGACGAAAGAUUUACUAAAGCAUAUCAAGUUGCUAUACUACGAUACGAAGGCGCGACAAACAAGGAUCCAAAUGGAUUAGUCGGAUACGAAUAUAAAUCGAACUAUUCGACAGAUGGUCAGCGUAUAAACGCUUUAAACGAAGGUACGGAAACCAAUAAUAGUAUCAGUAUACCUUUGUUAAAAGCCAUGGAUAAAAAUGAUAAAUCAAAUACCGCGGAUCCUGAUUACCAAUUUUACGUAUCCUAUGAUUUUUACAAGAAAGAUAAUCCACAUUUCCAUCGCGGAAAGCUAUAUGGAUUUAAUCAAGUAAAGAAUACAAAACAAGUACUUACUCCCCAGUUAAAUCAUAUUUCGAUGAAAUUGCCACCGAUGCCUUUGUUAUCUCAAAGGGAUUUCAUCGAUUCGGAUCAAUUUUGUAAUUCAAGUACCGUACAAGGUUGUGUCCAAGAUUAUUGUGCUUGCACUCAUGUACUUCGAGUAAAUCUUGAUAGCGUAGUGGAAAUAAUUUUGGUGGAUGAAGGUUUCGCUUACGAUGCGAAUCAUCCGUUUCAUCUUCAUGGUUAUCAAUUUCGCGUGAUCGCAAUGGAAAGAAUCGGUGAAAAUGUCACUGUUGACAAAGUAAAGGCGUUGGAUAAAAAAGGGGCGAUACGACGAAAUCUUGACCACGCUCCGUUAAAAGACACGGUAACGGUACCGGACGGUGGUUAUACCGUUGUACGAUUUCAUGCCAAUAAUCCAGGCUACUGGUUGUUUCACUGUCACAUUGAAUUUCAUGCAGAAGUUGGAAUGUCGUUAAUCUUUAAAGUUGGCGAACAUAAAGAUAUGUUACCAGUACCACGUAAUUUUCCUUUGUGCGGUAAUUGGCAGCCUGAAGAUAUACAAUUUAAAUCAAGUUCUUUGAACGUUUUGUCAAACACUACGAAAAAAUCUAUAAUAGAAACUUCAAAUGUUACAACAGAUGAAAUUACUGAAAAUAGUAUAAAACAAUUCAUAAAAGUGUUGCCAGAAGUAUUAAGAACAUUGCAAAUAUCAUCUUCGGCUAUUUCAGUUGUUCCGUAUUUUCUAGUUUCUUUUUAUUCUUUUAUAGUUAUAAUCUAUACAUUUAUAUAGAAAAAGAAAUAGUUCGUAAAAAUUUAUUAAUCUUUUUGUUACAACUAGUAAUAAAUGACAUCUUGUUUUACAUAAGA